GCCCCUGCCUGGUGAGGCGCCCGCGGCGCGCGGACUCGCCUGGGGGAGGGGCCACAGCCACCCGUCCUUCGCCCCAGGCGGCCGCUGCCGCAGCUCAGUGGCGUCCGCCGCGCUCCCGGGACUCGCCGGCCCGCGGGAGAAAUGUUGCUGAAGUGCUGCUGAAAGGGCCAAAGAUGCAAGGAUUUGGGACACAUUUUGAACCUUUAAGCUGUCUGACAUUGACCUCCUUUCAUUAUUAAUAAAGAAGAAGCAGGAGCUUAGGAUGUAUUAACACCAACUCAUUAAUAUACUAACUGGACAAUGUUCUGCAACAAUUCUACAUUGUAAAGAACUGGAUUGGCUGAAAAUAAAAUAAUUUCAUAUUUUACUCAGCUUAUAAUAUGACUCGAUGGAGGAAAAUUUGAUAAGCAUGAGGGAAGACCAUUCUUUUCAUGUUCGUUACAGAAUGGAAGCUUCUUGCCUAGAACUGGCCUUGGAAGGGGAACGUCUGUGUAAGUCAGGAGACUGCCGUGCUGGUGUGUCCUUCUUUGAAGCUGCAGUUCAAGUUGGAACUGAAGACCUAAAAACACUUAGUGCUAUUUACAGCCAGCUGGGCAAUGCUUAUUUCUAUUUGCAUGAUUAUGCCAAAGCAUUAGAAUACCAUCAUCAUGAUUUAACUCUAGCAAGGACUAUUGGAGAUCAGCUGGGGGAAGCCAAAGCUAGCGGUAAUCUGGGAAACACCUUAAAAGUUCUUGGGAAUUUUGAUGAAGCUGUAGUUUGUUGUCAGCGACACCUAGAUAUUUCCAGAGAGCUUAAUGACAAGGUGGGAGAAGCAAGAGCACUUUACAAUCUUGGAAAUGUGUAUCAUGCCAAAGGGAAAAGUUUUGCCUGCCCUGGUCCUCAAGACAUGGGAGAAUUUCCAGAAGACGUGAGAAAUGCUCUGCAGGCAGCUGUGGAUUAUUAUGAGGAAAACCUAUCACUAGUGACUGCUUUGGGUGACCGAGCAGCCCAAGGACGUGCCUUUGGAAAUCUUGGAAACACACAUUACCUCCUUGGCAACUUCAGGGAUGCGGUUAUAGCCCAUGAACAGCGUCUCCUUAUUGCAAAAGAAUUUGGAGAUAAAGCAGCUGAAAGAAGAGCAUAUAGCAACCUUGGAAAUGCAUAUAUAUUUCUUGGUGAAUUUGAAACUGCCUCUGAAUACUACAAAAAGACACUGCUAUUGGCUCGACAGCUUAAAGACAGAGCUGUAGAAGCACAGUCUUGCUAUAGUCUCGGAAAUACAUACACUUUGCUUCAAGACUAUGAAAAGGCCAUCGAUUAUCAUCUGAAGCACUUAGCAAUUGCUCAAGAGCUAAAUGAUAGAAUUGGUGAAGGAAGAGCAUGUUGGAGCUUAGGAAAUGCAUACACAGCUCUAGGGAAUCAUGAUCAAGCAAUGCAUUUUGCUGAAAAGCACUUGGAAAUUUCAAGAGAGGUUGGGGAUAGAAGUGGUGAACUAACAGCACGACUGAAUCUCUCAGAUCUUCAAAUGGUUCUUGGUCUGAGCUACAGCACAAAUAAUUCAAUAAUGUCUGAAAAUAUUGAAAUUGAUAACAAUUUGCAUGGUGCACGCCCGAAGUUUGGACGCCGACACAGUAUGGAAAACAUGGAACUUAUGAAGUUAACACCAGAAAAGGUACAGAACUGGAACAGUGAAAUUCUUGCUAAACAAAAACCUCUUAUUGCCAAACCUUCUGCGAAGCUGCUCUUUGUCAACAGAUUGAAGGGGAAAAAAUGCAAAACUAAUUCCUCCACUAAAGUUCUCCAAGAUGCCAGUAAUUCCAUUGAUAAUCGAAUUCCAAAUUCUGAGAGGAAAAUCGGUGCAGAUAUUAUUGGAGACGAAGGGUUCUUUGACCUGGUAAGCCGAUUUCAGAGCAAUCGGAUGGAUGAUCAGAGGUGCUACUUACAAGAACAGAGCUGCGGGACUGCUUCAGCUGCGGCUUCUUCCACUCCACCUCGAGUGAUGAUGAAAGCACCGUCUGUUUCCGUGGUGUCCCCCAACACAGAUGAGUUUUUAGACCUUCUUGCCAGCUCACAGAGCCGUCGUCUCGAUGACCAAAGGGCCAGUUUCAGUAAUUUGCCAGGGCUUCGUCUGACACAAAACAACAAUAAGUCCGUACUUGGCCACUUGAUGACUAAUGACAACAAAGAGCCUGAUGAAGACUUCUUUGACAUCCUUGUAAAAUGUCAAGGGUCCAGAUUAGAUGAUCAAAGAUGUGCUCCACCACCUGCCACCACAAAGGGACCAACAGUACCAGACGAGGACUUUUUUAGCCUGAUUCUACGUUCUCAGGCGAAAAGAAUGGAUGAACAGAGAGUUCUUUUACAAAGAGAUCAAAACAGAGACGCUGAAUUUGGGCUGAAAGACAUUUUGCAAAGUAAUGCUUUGUUGGAAUUUAAAAAUACAGGAAAAAAAUAAACCACUAGUUAUUACGGAUAUAUUUUUUUUAAACGACCUUAUUUCCUUUCAGAACACUGCAGGGAAACUCUUUUUUUUCCUUAAAAGGAGAAAUUAUAGCACUGUAAUACAGCUUAAAAUGUUUUUAGAAUGAUGUAAAUAUUUAACCUUUAAUGUAUAGCAUUAAUUCACAUUUCUCUGGACACUCACUUGUUUCAGGGUGGAGGUGUCUUAUACAAGGUGCUUCAUCAACUUUUUUGAAUAAUGCUUGGGAUUGUGUUCUUUGGCAACUUUUUAGAUUCCUUUACGUAGUGUUUGUAAAGUGAUAAUUUUUUUAACUCGAUGAUGGCAUUUUUUAAAUACUGAACCGUGGAUAUAGUAAGAAAUUAGGCUGUUUAGUAAACAAUAACAUACUUGACCAAUGUGUAAAGUCUUUAUUAAAAGAAUCUAGAUCUUUUUUCUGCUAAAAAUCCUAUUUUCAGUAUGUUAUUAGUUCAAACCCAUUAUAAAAACAACUCUAAGAAAUAAACUUUUAGCAUGUUCUGGA